AUGCCGUCCGCCACCACCACCAGCGGCCGAGGUGACUGGCCGCCACCACAACCGCCAGAGAAGAGCGGCGAAAAGUAUGGCCUCGAUGCUGACGUCGAAGGCCGUCUACAUUCUGGCGAGGACGGCUCCCUCGCUGAGGGCCGCGUGCAGCAGGACCGGCUUCGCCGCGCCCUGUCUGCCCGCCAGGUGCAGAUGAUUGCCAUUGGAGGCACCAUUGGCACCGGCCUGUUCCUAGGCACCGGCAAGUCGCUGGCCACUGGCGGACCGGCCUCGAUGCUCAUUUGCUACGCCAUUGUCGGUGCCAUCGUCUUUGUCACAAUGUUAUCUCUGGGCGAGAUGUCAGCGUUUAUCCCCGUCGCUGGCAGCUUCUGCACCUUUGCAAGCCGCUUCGUCGACGACGCCUUCGGAUUCGCCCUCACCUGGAACUAUUGGUUUAACGAUGCCGUGUCCACCGCUACCGACCUCGUCGCCUUGCAGCUGCUACUCGACUACUGGCACACCAACUUCCCCGGUGUCGCCUUCAGCCUCAUCUUCUGGGUCGUCCUCAUCGCCGCCAACAUCAUCACCGUGCGCGCCUACGGCGAGCUCGAGUACUGGCUGUCGCUGCUCAAGAUUCUCACCAUCAUCGCCUUCAUCUUCGUCGGCAUCGCCGUUAAUGCCGGCGGCAACACCGAGCACCGCUACAUCGGCGGCGCCAACUGGCACCUGCCCGGCGCGCCCUUUGUCGGCGGCAUCGGCGGGUUCGCGUCCGUCUUCGUGACGGCAAGCUUCGCGUACGGAGGCACCGAGUCCAUCGCCAUCACGGCCGGCGAGACCAAGGACCCCAGCCGCAACAUGCCGCGCGUCGUCAAGAACGUCUUCUGGCGCAUCCUGCUCUUCUACAUCCUCUCCAUCCUGCUCAUCGGCCUCAAUGUGCCGUACACGGCCGACGGCCUCAAGAACAAGGACGCGCGCACGUCACCAUUCACCCUCGUCUUCCAGAUGGCCGGCGCCGAGGUGGCCGGCAGCAUCAUCAACGCCGUCGUCAUCACGAGCGUGCUUUCGGCCGGCAACCACGCGCUGUUCGCGGGCUCCCGGCUAUUGUACACGCUCGCGCUGCAGGGGCAUGCGCCGCGCGUUUUUGCGCGUCUCAACCGUGGGCAGGUGCCGUGGGUCGCGGUCAUCGCCACCAGUAUCAUUGCCGGUCUGUGCUUCGGCUCUAGCUUCAUUGGCGCCGGGCAGCUUUGGUCCUGGCUGCAAAAUAUUGUCGGUGUGUCCAAUCAGCUUAGCUGGAUAUCCAUCGGCAUCGCCUCGAUCCGAUUCCGCAGCGGCCUCGCGGCCCAAGGGAAGACGCACCUCCUGCCGUUCAAGAACUGGACCUACCCGUGGGGGCCCUGGUUCUCCGUCAUCCUAAACAGCUUCCUCGUUCUGGUGCAGGGCUGGAGCUCCUUCAAGGACGGCUUCCACGCCGUCGACUUUGUUAGCUUGUACAUUGAGCUACCCGUCAUGCUCGUCAUGUUUUUGGGGUGGAAGCUGCUCAAGCGGACCAAGUUUGUCAAGGCGGAGGAGAUGGACUUUGAGACGGACGUCUACCACGCGGAGGUGGAGGAGAAGGACGAGGAUCUCGUGCCAACAUGGCGGUCGAGGACGAAGAAGGUGCUCAAUUGGCUAUUUUAA